AUGAGGUCCUCGUGGAUUCUAGCAGCCGCGGCAUUUCCCUUUGUGGUGGCGGGUCUCACUGUCGAUGAAACUGAUGAUGGCAUUGUCGUGGACACGGAGAGUGAAGGUGGCUUCAAAGUGACAAUCGACUCCUCUGGAUCGAUCACGUCACUUGUUUACGGAGGAGAAGAAUAUCAGUAUGCUUCUACCGGCAGUCACAUUGCCUCUGGGUUGGGCUCGGGAACCACAGUGAAUCACACCACCGAAGGCAACUAUGCUGUGGUGUCUGCCAAGGCCGAUAGUGACGACUUUAAUCUCACUCACUACUACGUCUUUGAGGAUGGAAAGAGUGUCAUCUACAUGGGCACCUACACCGUUGAUCAGCCAAGCGUUGGUGAAUUGCGCUACAUUGCCCGGCUAGUGAACAUCCCCAAGGCCUACAAGGAAGGUGAAGUCUCCGACACCACCGGGGGCGAUACCGUUGAGGGUAGUGAUGUUUUCCUCGUCGAUGGCGAGACAAGAAGCAAGUUCUACUCCUCCCAGCGCUUUAUCGACGAUAGCGGAUACUGCGCCUAUACCGAGGACAGCUCUGUUCAUGCGUGCUUCCUCUCUGAUACGAGGUCUCGCGAAAAGUCUUCUGGAGGACCAUUCUUCCGCGAUAUUGACCUCAACAAUGGCGGUGACUACCACUCCGUCACUUUCUACAUGAACUCUGGCCAUGUGCAGACGGAAGACUUCCGCACGGGCUUCUUCGGCCCCUAUAUCCUGUCCUUCAGUGGAAGUGAUAUUCCGUCGUGGGACGACUUCGACGUUUCCUUCUUCGAAGACCUUGAUCUGGAAGGCUAUGUCGGCUCUUCCGGACGCGGUGUUGUUUCAGGCAAGGCCAGCGGUACUUCUGAUAAGUUCCCGGCGAUUGUACACUUGUACAAUGAUGAGUACCAAUCUUGGGCCAACGCCUCCUCCGGAACAUUCACCACGCCUGAGGUUGUUGAGGGCGAGUACACGCUAGCCCUCUACCAGGGCGAGCUUCUGGCAGCCACAACCACCGUGUCUGUUAAGGCGGGUGAAACGGCCUCGGCCUCCAUCAGCGCAACCAACGACAUCAUCACCCAGGAAAGGACAACUGUUUGGCAGAUCGGUGAAUACGAUGGCACCCCGCAGGGAUUCCUCAACGCAGACAAGCAACUUCGCAUGCACCCAUCGGACGAUCGGAUGGGCGCGUGGAAGGCCUCGGCAUUUGUGGUUGACGACAGCGAGACAUCCGACUUCCCCAUGGCCAUCUUCGCCGACGUGAACAACGGACAAGAAGUGCAGUUCAGUCUUUCUGAAUCCAUCGAAUCGGACGUGAUCGUGCGAAUUGCCACCACGCUCGCAUUUCAGAGCGGCCGGCCCCAGCUCACUCUCAACGAGGCCUCCUGCGAUGCUCCCGAUGCCCCCGCCAAGAUUGACAGCCGUGGUGUGACUCGCGGUGCUUACCGGGGCUUUGGCGAGGUCUACAACUGCACUUUUGCGGCCGAUGACCUGGUGCAGGGAGACAACACUCUGAAGAUUAGCGUUGUGUCUGGAUCUGGCGGAGAGGGAUUCCUCAGCGCCAACUAUGUCAUUGAUGCAGUUGAGCUCUACUACGUCUAG